UUGCUCCGUAUUAUUUUAUUCUGCUCCGUGAAAAUACUAAAUUAAAUCAAUGGCUAAUUAAAUAGCCAUGAUUUACAAAAUAUCCUCCUUAUUUCUCCAUCAAUGACACGCCAUUUCCUCCCCCAAAAUCUUCCCAAAUAUCUCAAUCAUUUAUUUCAAUUAUUCUCCCAAAUCUUCAAUUAAUUGUGGGAUAUUUCUUAAUCCUAUAAACAAAGGAUCAACCCCUAAACCUAACACACAAAUCACACGCCCACUUCUUCAAACCACACGCCCCACCCCUUUUUCAUCUCUUCUCCCACUUGUUAUCCAUUUCACUCAAGAUCCUAUCAAUUUUCCAAGAGAUUGUUGAAGAACCAAGGUUUUAAUUGCUUCCUACCGAUUAUUUCGUCCAAGAAAAGGUGAAAUUUUGUGCGAGACGCGUGAUACCAAAGGAAAAGCGAAACUUGAAAACUAAAGGAUCGAGAUUUUUUCGGCUCUGAUGCAUAUCUGAUUCUUCCAUGUGGAGGAGGAGUUUAAAGGGUUGAUUCAUUUCUGCUCGCAUCUCAACUCUCAAGAUCUACGACUGCGCAUUAGUCUGAUAUUAUCCAAUCUUAAAAAUCACUGGUGCCAUGGCGGCGGCGGCGCUGUCUCAGAUUCCGACACCCGGCGGCGGCCUCGGCAGGUCCUUUUCGACCAAGGACCUGCAGAGGCGAGGCGUGAUGCGGCGCUCGUAUUCUGACAACCACCUUCUCUCUCACAAGGCCAGAGCCUCGCUGCAGGUCCAGCCCAACCUCAAGAACAGCCGCUCCGGCACUGGUUUAUUCAACAUUCAGCUCUCCGGAGCCGCCAUGAUUCCGGAGACGCUGAAGUCGUUUCUCUUUGAGCCGGAGACGACGAGAAAGGAGGUGAGUAUCGGAGAGAUUGACGAUGAUGGUCAUGAAAUUGAGAUCCAUCAAGGGAAGAAGCGAGGGAAUUGGAUCGAGAUGAUCGUGGAGCUUAGGAACAAAUGGAAGGGGAACCGAAACGACGACGUCGAGAGCUUCGAUGUAAAUGAGGAUGGCGACGGAGAAGGAGGGUGCGACGUUGAUUACGAGGAAGACGAAGGCGGCGUCGAUGGAGAGACAUUUUCGUCUCUGUUGAGACACGUGUCGUGGUCGGAUACGAAGCUUUUCGCGCAGCUCGCUUUCUUGUGCAACAUGGCGUAUGUGAUCCCGGACAUGAAGAGGGAGGAUUUGAAGAGGCAUUAUGGGCUAGAGUUCGUGACAUCGUCUCUGGAGAAGAAGGCAGCUGCUGCGGCCAUCAGAGACCAAAUCGAACCGGAUUUAUCGUCGCCGGAGAUUUCAGGGGCGUCGUGUUCGCCCUCAGCUGCUUACGAGAUUGCAGCCACGGCUGCAUCGUUCGUCCAGUCGCAGGCGAGGCAGCUUAUAGCGUUGGGCGCGGAGCCAGAGCUGGGUGACGACGAGGAGAGCGAGCCGAGAAAAAACAAGUCGGAGAGGGCGGCGUGCGUGGCAGCCUCGACCAUGACUGCGGUGGUGGCGGCCGGGGAGGAGGAGAAAGAGAAGGCGGCAAAGGAUCUUCAGUCGCUCCAUUCUGCACCGUGCGAAUGGUUUGUGUGCGAUGAUUCUGAUAUCUACACUCGCUCCUUCGUCAUUCAGGGCUCAGACUCAUUGGAAUCAUGGCAGGCGAAUCUCUUCUUCGAGCCAACUAAAUUUGAGGGGACAAAUGUGUUGGUUCACAGAGGAAUAUACGAAGCAGCAAAGGGGAUAUAUGAGCAGUUCAAGCCGGAGAUAAAGGAGCAUAUAAAGAGAUUUGGGGAGCGGGCGAGGUUCCAGUUCACAGGGCAUUCGCUAGGCGGUAGCCUCGCCCUUCUGGUGAACUUGAUGCUUCUCACCAACAAGGAAGUGAAGGUGGGGAACCUUCUCCCGGUGGUGACAUUUGGAUCGCCAUUCGUCUUCUGUGGCGGCCACAAGAUCUUGGAGCAGCUAGGCCUGGACGACAGCCAUGUGCGUUGCGUGAUGAUGCAUCGAGACAUCGUGCCAAGAGCCUUCUCCUGCAACUACCCUAACUACGUCGCGCAGCUGCUCAAGCGUUUGAGUGGCACGUUCCGUUCCCAUCCCUGCCUCAACAAGAAUAAAGUGUUGUACACUCCGAUUGGGAAGGUCUUCAUCCUGCAACCACACGACAAGACGUCUCCACCCCACCCAUUGCUGCCUGCAGGGACCGCCCUAUACGAGCUGCACGAUGCCAACGCCUCUUUAACCAAGCGGGCCUUUAGGGAGUUUCUGAACUCACCUCACCCCCUAGAGACGCUGAGCGACCCAACGGCCUAUGGCUCACAAGGGACGAUCAUAAGGGACCACGACUCCAGCAACUACUUGAAGGCGGUGCACGAGGUCAUAAGGCAGAAUUCGAGGGCCUUCGUGAGGAUAGCAAGAAAAGAGAGGAACCAAAUGUGGCCAUUGUUGACUUCAAGAUCACCACAUGCUUGGCGCCACACUUGUCAUAUUAUAGACGAUAAAGUACUAACUGGAGCGUGAGAUGAGACACUCUUAAUGUAAACACCUUUUUUCUCUUAGUCUUGUAAAUAAAAUCCACACAAACAUGUUGAAGGGGAACAUGAAGAAUUAGCACAACUUUCUCAACGAAACUGAGAGAGGGAGAUCUUUGCAUCUAAAUUUGGCAUUCAUAUAUAUGU